AUUAAAAAAAUUAAUAAAAAAAUAAAAAUGAUUUAUUUUUGUUUUCUCUCUCUCAUUCUCUUUCCUUUCCUUCUCCGACAGUUCUUCUUCUCCUUUCUCUUCUUUUGGCGUCAACCUCAAAGAACCAGAUCUACCCAUUCUAUUCUUCUUCUUCCCUGUUUUUCUUCUUCUUAUCAGGUGACGAUAAAUCUGGUUUUUCUUCUUCUCAGGCGACGAUAGAUCUGGAUGGCUUGGACCUGGGCAAAGACGACAUCCUAGGCGGAUCUAAGUGGCUCGGACCUGGCCGAAGACAACAUCCUGGGUGGAUUUGGGUGACUGCAAUUUUUCUUCUUCUCCUUCCUCUUCUUCUGAGCAGUGAGUUUUUUUUUAUCAUUUUUUGUCUCUGAUUUUUUUUAGCAGGUUUUUGGGUACACUUUGACUCUUGAAUGUGGGUUUGCAACUUCUUCUACCCCAACACUUUUUUUGGGCAGGUUGACUCUUGAAUGAGACCCUCGAUCUGGGCAAGAGGCAGUUUAAUGGUGGUUGUGUUUUAGUUAUGAAUUUGGGAUGUUGAAGCAAUUUUUUGUUUAGGUUUAGUCUAGGUUCAUUUGCAUUCUUAUUUACUGGCUGGUUGUUGUGUUUUGGUUUUGGAUUUGGGAUGUUUAAGCGAAUUUUUGUUUGGGUUUAAUCUGGGUUCGUUUGAGGACCAGUCGAAUUUUGUUGAGGUUUGGGAGUUAUGUGUCGAUGAAGGAGAGAGAAAAAAAUUACUUUUCAUUUUUUUAAAUUUUAAUUAAUUUUUUAUAAUUUCAUAAAUAAAAUUUAAAUUAAAAAUAUAACUUAGAUCAAUAAUAAGCUAACACGUGGCAUCCCUAAUAAGCUACUUGGUCAUAACAGAUGCAAGUAAAAGGUAAUUUAGAACUUUAUAAAAUCUAAAACUUUGAUAUUCACGACGCAAAUACCCCUUCUCUAAUCAUAAAAUCGCCUCGCAUUUCCACAGCACGGGGACAACAUUAAAGCUUUAUGCUCGAACUUGAAAAGCCCUUAUUAUCGGUUUCUCCAUCUCUGGUAUAAUGGCUGUGUCUGUCAGUGCCAGCUUCCAAAUAUUCGGUUCAGAUUCUUCUCCUCCUCCUUCUCCAGGCAAACGGUGCAAGUACGUAGGCCAGUCAGUGAGAGCACUUCCUAUACGGAUAUUAUGGGUUGGCAAAAAGAGAUCGCAAGGAGCACAACUGGUUUUUGAUGAGUAUUUUGAAAAGCUCAAGCUUUAUUGCAGUGUCAAUGAAGUUCAGAUACGAUCCAAUCCUAAAAAUUCACGUGAUUGGAGGGUUCAGGUUGAGGAUGAAGACAAAGCCGUCAUGAAUCUUAUAAGGCCUAAUGAUUGGGUUGUGUUGUUAGAUGAGCGUGGCCAAGAUUUGGGGUCUGAGGAGAUGGCAGAGUUGUUGGGAGAUGCAGGGAAUACAGGAGCUUCAGAAUUAUCUUUUUGCAUUGGUGGACCUUAUGGCCAUGGUCAACGAUUGAGGGAACGUGCCAACUUAUGUAUCAAGUUAUCGUCCAUGGUCUUUAAUCAUCAGAUUGCUUUACUUGUUCUUGUGGAGCAGCUUUAUAGGUCAUGGACCAUUCUUAAAGGUCAGAAGUACCAUCAUUAGAAUUUUCUGUUCACACAACCACAGCACAUGGGCAGGGGACUCCUUCCUUUCUUGUUUUGUGAAGCUCAUCCCGAAGCUACAGGUAGGGCAUAAACAUAUGCCAUUUUUGUUAGCUUUUGUAAAUUUUCUAGAUGAUUUCAUCACAAGUCAUACAAUGCAAAUGCUGGAAUGAGUGACAGUUCUACCUUACCCUUAGAGGGUAACAUUAGAAUAGAUUAAAUGACUGCUUACAGAUUCAGUCUAUUCAAGUAUUUUCCAUUUCUAAUUAAAUAUCUCAUGCGGCAUAAGAGUUGGAGCAGUCUAAGCUUCUCAGAAACUUUUGUGCAAUAGUAGAUACUCGGCGAAGCAGUUUUAGCAGCCUGUUGAGAUCACAGACAGCGAUCUUAUAGAAUGUAAUUUGAAUUGUCGACAAAUUUUUUUGAACUUUAUGCAAUCCUUACCAAAUAAUUAAAAAACAUAAAAUUGAACUGA